AUGGCCUCCAACAACCCGUUCGCGGCUGCUCUCAGCGAGCCCGACCCCUACGCCCAACGCCGUGAGCCACCUCCCGUUCCCAGACAGACCAAUACCAACAGAACCCCACCAGUGCGCCCCCCUAAGCCAGAGGCUCUUCCCUCGUACGAAGAAGCCGCAGGCCCUGACACGGCCAGAAGAGAAUACCCCCGCGAAAAACUGACCUCGUCUUCGUCGAGACAGCAUCACUCAACUUCGAACCGUCCCCACAGAUCACAUUCAGACUCCGGCAGGCCUCCACGUAGCUCCAGGGACAAGUCCUCUGGAACCAGCGAAACCAGGCACCACUCAUCUAACCACAAGUCGUCGUCCCACCAUUCACUGUCACACCACAAAUCAUCAUCCACACGCGCUAAGUCACCUUCCAAAAAGAAACCAGAACCUGUUAAGGCAAAGAACUUGGACACUAUCGAUAAGUUGGACGUGACGGCCUUCUUUGGCGGAGGCUUCCAUCACGACGGUCCCUUCGAUGCCUGUACUCCACACCGAAACAAGAACACAAAAUCGGCACCAGUAGCAGCGUUCCCCGUAGAUGGACCCAAUAACUCCAUUGCUGGGUUGGCCAAGACCGACAAGAAUGAACAGAUGAACUUAGCAUUUGGAACAUAUACCGAUGACGACCAGAACGAGAUUAUCGGUCGCAAAGGGUCUAUUAGACGUGCCAGAGCGACAGCCAAAGAUGACGCUCCGGUAGUUUUAAAGACCAACCGUAGCACACACGACCAACAAUCGACGUUGUUCACGCCUAAACAUAACCCUAGUGUGAUCAACUUUGAUGCCAACCUCAAGGCUGAGCCAAUUCACGGCUCCACCACUGCUGGGUUGGGUUCUACGACGUUUGUAGACGGUGCUCCAGCUCCAAAGGCUGCAGAAAUGAAUGAAUAUUUAAGCACUUCCAAUGGAGGCUUGAGUAGAAAGAAGUCAUUGGUGCAAAGAUUACGUAAGAACAGUUAUAGCGAAAACAGCUCUCGCCGAAACUCCCAAGAUACCGUUGAGCCAUAUGAGUCUGGAAGAAGAGGCUCUCUCAAUAACUUGGAAACUGAUGAGUCCAGAUCUGGAGGCUUGGGAGGAGGCACUUCUUCAUUAAUCAGAAGAGUAAAGAGUUUGAAAGUCAGAAGAUAG